AUGUCCUCCCAUCAGAGUAGUCGACCGAGGGCCAUCCAGACCCCAUCCCUUGCUCGAGACUCUUAUGGCAAUGAUGCAGAAAGAGACCCCAGAUCGAUCUCGGAGGAGUCCGAACUGUCGCAUUACCUCCACUACGAAGACAACGACGGCUUUUUCCCUCCAGCCUGGCUAGGGAAGGCACCGCCUACUCAACAUGGAGUUGGAACGAAGGGAUGGGGAAGUGCCUCAAAAUCGCAUUAUGUCCGCCGAAUCCAUUCUUCCUUUAUGGGCCUUGAAAUCCCACGGAUACAAGUCGCCGCGGGGAAGGCUGGAGCAGAGACUCGCAUGACUACAAUUGCUAUAUCAAGGGGCAAUCAGAGGGGCGCUUGCUGGAACAAGGAUUACUCGGUAUUAUCAUUCUAG